AUGGCACACCCCAUCUCAGCCUUCCAGGCUGCCUACAUCUCCAUCGAAGUGCUCAUCGCUUUGGUGUCCGUGCCGGGCAAUAUCCUGGUCAUCUGGGCUGUGAAGAUGAACCAGGCACUGCGGGAUGCCACCUUCUGCUUCAUCGUCUCUCUGGCGGUGGCCGACGUGGCCGUGGGGGCUCUGGUCAUCCCCCUGGCUAUUAUCAUCAACAUCGGACCCCAGACCGAGUUUUACACCUGCCUCAUGGUGGCCUGUCCCGUCCUCAUCCUCACGGAGAGCUCCAUCCUGGCACUCCUGGCCAUCGCCGUGGAUCGGUACCUGCGGGUGAAGAUCCCAGUCAGGUAUAAGAGCGUGGUGACACCGCAGCGGGCAGCCGUGGCCAUCACCUGCUGUUGGAUAGUCUCUUUUCUAGUGGGACUUACCCCCUUGUUUGGCUGGAACAACCUCAACAAGAUGCGGAGGACUCAGGAGUUGAACAGCAGCCACACGGAGUUUGUCAUCACAUGCCAGUUUGAGACAGUCAUCAGCAUGGAGUACAUGGUGUACUUCAACUUCUUCGUCUGGGUCCUGCCUCCCCUGCUGCUGAUGUUGCUCAUCUACCUGGAGGUCUUCAACCUAAUCCGCAAGCAGCUCAACAAGAAGGUGUCCUCCAGCUCCAAUGACCCCCAGAAGUACUAUGGGAAGGAGCUGAAAAUUGCCAAGUCCUUGGCGCUGGUUCUCUUCCUGUUCGCGCUCAGCUGGCUGCCUCUGCACGUCCUCAACUGCAUCACCCUGUUCUGCCCAUCCUGCCAGACCCCGCACAUCCUCACCUACAUCGCCAUCUUCCUCACCCAUGGCAACUCAGCCAUGAACCCCAUCGUCUACGCCUUCCGCAUCAAGAAGUUCCGGACAGCCUUCCUGCAGAUCUGGAACCAGUACUUCUGCUGCAAAACCAACAAAAAUGCCACCAGCACCACCACAGCCGAGACAGGCACCUAG